AUGCUCGAGGUACGGCGGGGAUGGCCCUUCAGAACUCGUGUUUGUUCAGCGACGUCAGGCCUACUGCCUAGAUACGAGGGACACCUCAGGAAUUUCUUCGAGGCUUGGCAGGGCAAAACUGAUGCUUCUCGAGCAAAGUCAGGACUCCUGUCUAGUUACGAGGGACACCUCAGGAAUCUCCUUGACGCGAGGCAGGGCAAAACGGACACUUCUCGAGCAAAGUCAAGACUCCUCUCUAGUUACGAGGGACACCUCACGAAUCUCUUUGACGCGAGGCAGGGCAAAACGGACACUUCUCGAGCAAACUCAGGACUCCUGUUUAGUUACGACGGACACCUCAGGAUUAUCUUUGACGCGAGGCAGGGCAAAACGGACACUUCUCGAGCAAAGUCAGGACUCCUGUCUAGUUACGAGGGACACCUCAGGAAUCUCCUUGACGCGAGGCAGGGCAAAACGGACACUUCUCGAGCAAACUCAGGACUCCUGUUUAGUUACGAGGGACACCUCAGGAUUCUCUUUGACGCGAGGCAGGGCAAAACCGACACUUCUCGAGCAAACUCAGGACUCCUGUUUAGUUACGAGGGACACCUCAGGAUUCUCUUUGACGCGAGGCAGGGCAAAACCGACACUUCUCGAGCAAAGUCAGGACUCCUGUCUAGUUACGAGGGACACCUCACGAAUCUCUUUGACGCGAGUCAGGGCAAAACGGACACUUCUCGAGCAAACUCAGGACUCCUGUUUAGUUACGAGGGAGACCUCAGGAUUCUCUUUGACGCGAGGCAGGGCAAAACGGACACUUCUCGAGCAAACUCAGGACUCCUGUUUACUUACGAGGGACACCUCAGUAUUCUCUUUGACGCGAGGCAGGGCAAAACGGACACUUCUCGAGCAAACUCAGGACUCCUGUUUAGUUACGACGGACACCUCAGGAUUCUCUUUGACGCGAGGCAGGGCAAAACGGACACUUCUCGAGCAAACUCAGGACUCCUGUUUAGUUACGAGGGACACCUCAGGAUUCUCUUUGACGCGAGGCAGGGCAAAACGGACACUUCUCGAGCAAACUCAGGACUCCUGUUUAGUUACGAGGGACACCUCAGGAUUCUCUUUGACGCGAGGCAGGGCAAAACGGACACUUCUCGAGCAAACUCAGGACUCCUGUUUAGUUACGACGGACACCUCAGGAUUCUCUUUGACGCGAGGCAGGGCAAAACGGACACUUCUCGAGCAAACUCAGGACUCCUGUUUAGUUACGAGGGACACCUCAGGAUUCUCUUUGACGCGAGGCAGGGCAAAACGGACACUUCUCGAGCAAAGUCAGGACACCUGUCUAGUUACCAGGGACACCUCACGAAUCUCUUUGACGCGAGGCAGGGCAAAACGGACACUUCUCGAGCAAAGUCAGGACUCCUGUCUAGUUACGAGGGACACCUCACGAAUCUCUUUGACGCGAGUCAGGGCAAAACGGACACUUCUCGAGCAAACUCAGGACUCCUGUUUAGUUACGAGGGACACCUCAGGAUUCUCUUUGACGCGAGGCAGGGCAAAACGGACACUUCUCGAGCAAAGUCAGGACUCCUGUCUAGUUACGAGGGACACCUCAGGAAUCUCUUUGACGCGAGGCAGGGCAAAACGGACACUUCUCGAGCAAAGUCAGGACUCCUGUCUAGUUACGAGGGACACCUCAGGAAUCUCUUUGACGCGAGGCAGGGCAAAACGGACACUUCUCGAGCAAACUCAGGACUCCUGUUUAGUUACGAGGGACACCUCAGGAUUCUCUUUGACGCGAGGCAGGGCAAAACGGACACUUCUCGAGCAAACUCAGGACUCCUGUUUAGUUACGAGGGACACCUCAGGAUUCUCUUUGACGCGAGGCAGGGCAAAACGGACACUUCUCGAGGUGAGGGGGGAGGCCCAGGGUCCCUUUCCAGUAGCCGCAGGGAUAUUGGGAUUCCUAUCAAUGUUCAACAGGAGUUAGGCAUCCCCAUUCUUUGUCGGAUUGAACUCCGGGUGCCUCUCGAUGUGUCAAAAGGAUAUGAGGCCUCCUUUCGAGAUGAGAAGGUUACCAAGGCUUUCCCUAUGGCCUCCACAGGAGAUUGA